ACCCGGCACAGAGGCCAGCGCGCCGGAGCAAGCUGGCGGGCGCUGGGCGGCUACUACGGGGUUCCAGUCCGAAAGUUUCUCUGCCCUUCUGCUGCUCCCAGGAGCGAGACUUGAGCGCUGGGUUCAGCAGCUCUACAGAAAAAGAGACAGGGACACAACAUAAAAUACACCGAAAAAUCAAAAUCUGCAGCCAUUUGCAUCUAGCCCCGAGGCGCAGGAGGACAGACAGGUCCAUGGCUCCCCCAGGCUCUGAGAGGGUUUUGCUCUGACUACAGAACCCAGGACUGCAUUUUGCUGCUACAGUGUCUCCAGGCCCCUGUUGUACCCUGCCGGCCCUUGGCCACGUGUCACCAUGGGUAGUGUCAGCAGCCUCAUCUCAGGCCACAGCUUCCACAGCAAGCAUUGCCGCGCCUCACAGUACAAGUUGCGCAAAUCCUCCCACCUCAAGAAGCUCAACCGCUACUCGGAUGGGCUGCUGAGGUUUGGCUUCUCCCAGGACUCGGGACGCGGCAAGUCCAGUUCCAAAAUGGGCAAAAGCGAAGACUUCUUCUACAUCAAGGUCAGCCAGAAGGCCCGAGGCUCCCACCGCCCAGACUACACAGCCCUAUCCAGUGGGGACAUGGCGGGGCAGGCUGGGAUAGAUUUUGACCCAGCCACCCCGCCUAAGCUCAUGCCCUUCUCCAAUCAGCUGGAAAUGAGCUCAGACAAGGGGGCAGUGAGGCCCACUGCCUUCAAGCCUGUGCUGCCACGGUCGGGAGUCAUCCUCCACUCUUCACCGGAGAGUGCCAGCCAUCAGCUUCACCCCAUGCCUCCAGACAAGCCCAAGGAACAGGAGCUGAAGCCGGGCCAGUGCUCAGGGGCACUUUCUGACUCGGGCCGGAACUCCAUGUCCAGCCUGCCCACACAUAGCACCACCAGCAGCUACCAGCUGGAUCCUCUGGUCACCCCCGUGGGGCCUACCAGCCGUUUUGGGGGUUCAGCCCACAACAUCACACAAGGCAUCAUCCUUCAGGACAGUAACAUGAUGAGCCUAAAGGCUCUGUCAUUCUCUGAUGGGGGCAGCAAGCUGGCUCACCCAGGCAAGGGAGACAAGGGCUCGUCCUGUGUGCGUUCCCCGCUCUCCACGGAUGAGUGCACCAUCCAGGAGCUGGAGCAGAAGCUGCUGCAGAGGGAAAGUGCGCUGCAGAGGCUGCAGCGCAGUUUCGAUGAGAAGGAGUUCGUCUCUGGUCAGACCUUUGAGGAGCGGCCAAGGCGAACCCGGGACGAGCUGGAGUGCCUGGAACCGAAGAGCAAGCUGAAGCCAGCCUCGCAGAAGAGCCAGCGCACACAGCAGGUGCUCCAGCUGCAGGUGCUGCAGCUGCAGCAGGAGAAACGGCAGCUACGGCAGGAGCUCGAGAGCCUAAUGAAGGAGCAGGACCUGCUGGAGACCAAGCUGCGUUCCUACGAGCGGGAAAAGACCAACUUCGCCCCUGCGCUGGAGGAGACCCAGUGGGAGGUGUGCCAGAAGUCAGGUGAGAUCUCUCUUCUGAAGCAACAGCUCAAAGAGUCCCAGAUAGAGGUGAACACUAAGGCCAGUGAGAUCCUCAGUCUCAAGGCACAGCUGAAGGACACCCGGGGCAAGCUGGAGGGCAUGGAGUUGAAGACACAGGACUUGGAGAGUGCCCUGCGAACCAAGGGGCUGGAGCUGGAGGUCUGUGAGAAUGAACUGCAGCGCAAGAAGAACGAGGCAGAACUACUGAGAGAGAAGGUGAACCUUCUGGAGCAGGAGCUGCUGGAGCUGCGGGCCCAGGCAGCCCUGCAUCGAGAUGCUGCCUCCCUGGGGCCUCUGGGGGUUGGGCCUACUUUCUCAGAGGACAUCCCUGCCCUGCAGCGUGAGCUGGAGCGGCUUCGGGCUGAGCUGAAAGAGGAGAGGCAAGGCCAUGACCAGAUGUCCUCAGGCUUCCAGCAUGAGCGGUUGGUGUGGAAGGAGGAGAAGGAGAAAGUGAUUCAGUACCAAAAGCAGCUGCAGCAGAGCUACUUGGCCAUGUACCAGCGCAACCAGCGUCUAGAGAAGGCCCUGCAGCAGCUGGCCCGUGGGGAUGCGGCGGGGGAACCCUUUGAAAUUGACCUGGAGGGAGCUGACAUCCCCUACGAGGACAUCAUAGCCACUGAGAUCUGAGGGGCUGCCUAGGGGAUGGAGGGAUGGGGACUGGACCCCAGAAGGCAGGGAGGGCUGAGUAUGUUCAAAAAGGCAUUUUUGAGCCCCCCCUGAGAGAAGUCAACUCUGGGGCCCAGACUCAGGAGUCCCCAGUGGUGGGUAGGGGUCACCACAUAGCCUUUGCUCCCCUCUUGCCUUUUCCAGUCUAACUAACCCUGCUGCUUAUUGAACCUUGAUCUCCGAACUCCAAACUCUCCUAGAGAUGUGUUCAGGGAGCUUCAUGUACUGGUUGAUGUUUCCUUCAACUUUGGUCUCAUUCAAAGUAGUGAGAAAAGCAGUCCACCAGGGAAGGGGGCAACUGCCAUACAGGCCAAAUGGCUACCCAAGGACAGACACAUCUUCCCUGUCAUCCCCAAACCCCUGUCAUCCCCUAGGCAUAUUGGGAUGCCUUGACAUAGAAAGAAGCCAUGCACAACCAGAAGCCUUGGACACUCUUCACUAUGGCCUGUUCUCCGACUGUGGAGGUCGAGGGUUGGGCUGCCACGCAGUUUACCCAGCAAGCCAUGGGACGAGGGGAUGGAUGGACAGUCCUACAUUACAGACCCUCCACAGGCCUCACAGAGGUCAGAGUGAGAGGGAGAGGCAGAGAACAUGGCAGACAGAGGGAUUCAGAGUCUCAAGUGAGCUGCACAGCCCCUCUGACCUCAGCGGUCAUUCUUUUUAAAGCCAUAGACAUUGGGGUCCCAGGUAGGGUACAGGAAAUGACAUGAGGCAUAGCUUCCCGGCUGUUCCAGGGGAGCCUGCUAUUUCAUCAGCCGAGGCCAAAGCAGGGACUUCCUGAAUGGUUCAGUUGACCAGCAGCCAAGAUGGAAUCUGCCCCACUCCCCAACAUCAGGCUCUUGCUUGGAUCCAGAACUUAGUGUGUGUGGGAGCUGGGCAUUAGCCUUCCUGGCCUAUAGCCCAAGACAGCAGCAGCUCUUCCCCUAAGGCAUCUUCAGUGCUACAUUAUGAAUCCUCAUAGACUGGGAAGGGUCACCAGAGUGCCAAGUGGGUUGGAGUCGAGGCGGGAGGGUACAUACACAGAGCCUUGUGAAUAGCCCGUGCCACUCACUCUCCUCCCUCCAUGUGGAGCCCCAUGCUGCAAAGAUUCAGUCUAGAGAGCAUCAUGUGAUCCUGUGGGAGCCUGGAUUUAACCUUUGAAGAUAUCCAGUGCUAGGGGCAGAGGGAAGUACAGUUGCUUAGUUCAAGGAAUUAUCUUCUUCUCUCCCUCCCCCUCCCAUUCUGUAUUUCCAAAGCAAGCCAGAUUAAGCAGGCAGCCAGGCUGCUCCAUAUUCUAUUUUUGGCUCUUACCACAGCUGUUGUCGGUAGGACACCCAGCCCUUGUUGGAUUCCUGAGCCAUGUGCUUGCCUGGUGGGCGGGACCCAGGGAAUAGAAGAUGUAAGGGAGCGUCUGGGUGCUUGGCAGUCCAGGAACCAAGUCUAGCUCUACCUCCCUAAUGCUGGCCCCUAGAGUCUCUGGGUGGACCCCAGCCCGCUGUCCUUGUCUUUCCGUGGGCUUUCUUUCCUGCCUAGUGUCUGCAGGCUAGGCGCCUCCCCUGUAGAUGGCACUGCUGUCUGAUCCUGGGGUUAGGCUUGGCUUCCCCAGCUGACUGCCAAUGUCAUACUGUCUUCUGGUCUACCAUUUCCCAUAGUCACAUGCUUGAUUUAAACCUGGAAUCUACAGGCCAAAGAUGACAUCCCCCACUUGCAGGGUCAUACUCUCCACUGGGCACAGUUCACAGCCCAGAUAAAAAGUCCAUGGCCCUCAGUCCUUCGUUCUCUACCAGUCUGUGCCUUGUUUGAGUCCUCCUUCCCAAUGAGACUGUCUAACAGAGGGGAACAAGAUGAGGGUUAGUUAGCUGCCCCUCCCUAAACCGGGGGACUUCACCUUCUGAAAGAACAGUCAGAAGCUCAGUGCUGUGCCAUGGAGUCCUUGUCCAGGAAGAAGCGAGUGUCAUGCCUGGAGCAGGCACACAGGCACAAAGCUUGCACUCUGUCUCUGUGCUGGGUACCUUCUACUCACAGGGAAUUUUGCCCACGACACUGCCCAGUGGCCCUGCCCCAGGUCAUCUUUGAGACCUUUGCAUGGGACUUGUCCAACAGUCAAGAUGGCAGAUACCCGCCCAAGAUGACUAGGCCCCAAGGCACCUCCAAGAUGCAACUGUGCUGUAACCCAGUAACCUUGCCUUCCUGUGGGCUUUCUUUCCUUCUCUGUCCUAAAGCAUUCUCGAUAUCUGUGGUCCAUGCCCAUGUUGGAAGACUUAGAUUGAAGAGUCAUUGAGUGGGGACUGGGGUGUGUGGACUCAGGGCAGACAAGUAGCCAGCCAUGGUUUGUCUCUCAGAUCCAUGCUGUUCUCCAGAUGUGCCUGGCCUGGAAAGGCGGCUGCUCUCCGAAGGAAGAAUACCAGCCAGCAUCGCCUCACAGAAAGGGCCUGCCUCAGGUCUUGUAAUGCCCAGACUCCCAU